AUGGUGAUCGCGAUCACCAAGUAUUUCGACUGGCCACUGGACCAACUCGAUGCGGUGACAGCUUUUCUCUACGGACUGGUGAAGGAGAAGGUCAAGCUUCACGUGUGUAAAACAGACUUCGACGAGUUGGUAUGCUUUAUCGGUUUCAAAGUGUCGGCGUUCGACCCAUGUCUCUACAUCAAGGUUGUCGACGGUCACUGUGUGCUCGUGCUGGUCUACGUGGAUGACGUGUUGGUCACCGGCAGCUUGCUCGAGUUGAUUGCGCAGACGAAGGCCGACCUCAAGACGCGUUUCGAGAUGACCAACAGUGGCAAGUGUACUUUUGUACUGGGCAUCGAACUGGUGGACGAAUCGGAUGGCAGCGUGACGAUGUGCCAGCGACGGUAUGUCAACGACAUCCUCAAGCGCUUCGGCAUGGAUGAGUGCAAGGCCACAGCAAGUCCGGUCGACUUGAGCACUCGGCUUGUCGCAAGCAGCGAAGCGGCCAAGAUCGACGUUCCGUUUCGUGAAGCUGUGGGAGCUUUGAUGCACUUCACGACUGCGACGCUCCCGGACAUUGCGCAUGCUGUGGGGUACGUCUCGCGCUUCAUGGAGAAUCCGCAGCAAGAACAUUGGACGGCGGUGAAGCGCAUCUUUCGUUACUUGCAAGGGACCAAGUCGCACGGACUCCGCUUCCAGCCAAGCGACAAGAUCGACUUUCGUGGCUACUCGGACGCGGACUGGGCCGGCGACCACGCUGAUCGCAAGUCGACUUCGGGUUACACUUUCAUGCUGAUGGGUGCUCCUGUGAGUUGGGGAAGCAAGAAGCAGUCAAGUGUGUCGCUGUCGACGAGUGAAGAGGAAUACAUCGCACUGAGUCUGGCCAUCCAGGAAGGCAAGUGGGUGCAUCGCCUGCUAUGCGAGAUUUUGGCGGCCGCAAACGAACCAGGACCGGACCUCGUCAUCCGUGAUAACAACCAGUCGUGCAUCAAGAUGACGAAGAAUCCGGUGAAUCAUGGCCGCGCCAAGCACAUUGACAUCAAGUACCAUCACAUCCGUGAUGAGGUCAAGCGCGGUGAAGUGCAGCUCGAGUAUUGCGAGACUUCCGUGAUGAUAGCGGACAUCAUGACCAAGGGACCUUUGGGACCUCGCCACAAGGACUUGACGACGGCUCUCGGCAUUCGUGCGAGUUCGGAUUGA